CCAGGCGGGGACGCACAAAAAGGGCCUUAUUAUUUACACUUCCCUCCUCUGUGGACCUCAAAGUGUUAAUUACCGUAAACCUAAUCCACUAUCAGGUCUUCCCGCGUGAGAGUGAGGGAGUGACGCCGUGAGAGCAGCCCAGGGGAGGAGAAAAGGAGGCGCCAUGCUGCAGGAGGAGGAAUACGACUCGGACACCUCGGAUGAAGACUUCGUGCCCGAGGGUAUAGUGGAGAGUGAGGACGAUGCAGUGAGUGAUGGAGAUGAUGAUGAGGGCGAUGAUGCAGGAGAGGGAGACGAUGAGACAACCACAAAGGGAAAGAAAAAGAAGCAGAGAAGAAAAGGCAAACAGAAGCAAACCUCAAAUGAUGUGAAAGAAGAGGAAUCAGAAAAGGAGGAAACUAAAGAAGUGGAUAAAAAGAAAGAAGAAAGUAUCUGGGCUGACUUCCUGGCAGAUGUUGAGGACAAGCCCAGCCCUCCCCCCAAGCCCAAGGCCUCCAGCUGGGGAGCUUUGCUGGGGAACAAAAAGUCCAGCACCAGCAGCAGCACAACAUCCACAGCUGCCAAGCCUCAGCCUGCACCCAAGAAGGAGGAGAAGAAGGAGACCAGCAAUAAGCAAGAGACUGUCAAGAUCACACAAGUGUUUGAGUUUGCCGGGGAGGAAGUGAGGGUGGAAAAAGAAGUUGACGCUAAUUCUGCCGAGGCUCAGGCGGCCAAGUGCAGUGCAGCUCUUGCAUCAUCAGACAGCAAAGGCACUCCGGGCAAGGCACCUCCUGGUGUAGGAGGCAUUAAGCGUCCCGGGGGUCUCUCGGGGCUGGUGGGAUUCCUGGACAACAAGAAGCAGAAGCUCACCACCUUAGAGAAGACCAAGCUGGACUGGAAUGCCUUCAAGUCUGAGGAAGGCAUCGAUGAGGAACUUGAGAAGCAUAAAAAGAGCAAACAUGGGUACCUGGACAAACAGGACUUCUUGGAGCGAGCUGACCUGCGGCAGUUUGAGAUUGAGAGGUCCAUGAGGAUGAGCAAGCGGUCCAACAGAUGAAAGUCACACAGCAAACUCCUCAGUAUUGAUGAUAUUGUUAGGGCUAAGUGUAACUUUACCCCAAUGUCCAUCACUCAGUCAGUCAGUAUAUUUUGCUUAGACAAUUUUAUUUUCUUAGCCACUCAUAUUUUGACAUAGAUCUUAUUUCCUGCACAUUGUCUUAGGGCCAUGACUAAUGUUCACAAAUUCCAUGUUUACCAUGUCUUUCUGUCAGGCACAGUCUAUUUUGGGAUGCUCAUUUUCAGUCUUUCAGUGCUCUUGUGGUGUCAUUGCGAGGCGGCAGUGGUUCUCAGCCUGGGGUGCAUUUUCCCCAAAGGGUUUGUGAGGGAAACCUUUGGGGUAUGAGACUGUUCCCAAAAUACUGGCAUCUUCAAGUAAAAGUACAAAACCUUCUUGUAUAAAGCAUCUGAGACUGAUUUAUUAAGUUGCCUGAAUAGACUUCCACUUCACUCCAUUUACAAAGGCUACUUUUACUUAACAAAGUUUAAGAUAAUGGAAAAUAUUGUUUGCCUCAUAGUCUGGGUGAGGAAGCACAUCACCACUUCGGGGACCCAUAGUAAGACAAAGGUUGAGGACCACCGCUGUGAGGAGUGGCUGGUGCUGGGGUGGGGGUGGGGGGGGGGGUCUGGUCUGGUCUCCUGUGUUCACCCUGUUUGCUUUUUACAGAUAUUUAAGUUCUUAAGAGUAGUCAUGUAAAUUUGGAAUGGAGAUAUAGGCUUUUUUUUUUAAGUUGACAUAUAAUUGAUGUGCAUAAAAAGAAAGGAAGUGUAAACUGUGGAUUUUUAUUUUUUCAUUUAUUUAUUUUUAUUUUUUUUCUCUCUCUCUCCAUAUAUCAUAUUCAGGCUUAUUCAUUUUGGACACUGAUGGUUUCUUGUAGCCUGUGCUGGCAUAGGCAGAUUUUUUAUAGCUACUUCUGUUGUCAUUCCUCCUUUCCCCCUUCCUUUGUACUCCAUGUGUCUGUAGGCAAAGUCAAGUUCAUUGAUGGCAUGUGUACUAUCAUCAGCUGCCUAUUGAUAGCCCAAAACAGGAUGACUGCUACAGGAGAUGGCACUCACCACAUUUAUGUUAAUCAUUUUAUCGCCAGUUUUCAUAAUUUGAUUUCCAAUGCCUCUGCAGUGAAUGAGUCAUUAUUGUAUUCUUUUAAUCCAAGUUUAAUUAAUCCUCUUCAAAGCGAACAUCUGUUUAAGUAUACUUAACAUAAGUAACUUUCCACACCAUCAUAAUUUAAUAUUUUUACAGUUACAGUUCUCCAUCAAUUCAUAAUGUUUGUGUUGUUAUUGCCAUGUAGCUUUUGUUGGAGGUUUUAACUAACCUCACCCAUGUGAAUGACUUACUGCAUGCUGCUGAAAUAUUCUGAGUGGUGUGUAUGUGAGCCAUGUCAUGUGCUGCCCUAGACUGCCCUAUUAACUGACAAUCUGGCAUGGAGGUCCACAAGUGAGAGUAGUACUGUCUUCAUGACCAGAGUAAGAUGCUGGUGUGUGGUGGAGUGUCCGGGUGUUUGUGGCGAUGAUGCUGUCUCCGUUAUCAUGAUGUGAGGUUCCAGGGCAUACCUUUGUGCAUGGAGAGAAAACAGUGACAGAUAGUUUUUUUACCUUCAAAGAAAUGUUAAAGGUGGAUGGUUAUAACAUUAGUAUUUUGUGUAUUUAAAGGUGUAUUUGUUUGAUCUUUUUCCAGUGUUUCUUAGUCUUUCGUGCAAUGUUUUUAGUACAGUUUUUGAAUAGGUUUGUUUGACUCCAUACUCUGGCCACAAGAAAUAAGGUGACUGAUGAUUAUGAUAUUAUUGUUUUUGUUAUUAUUACUAUUGUUGUUACCGUCAUAAUAUUUCAACAGCUGUUCUGAUGUGAAGUUUACUGCCAUUACUAAAUACUGAAAAGAAAUCCAGCAUCAUGACUAUUUAAUCUUUCUGUUCUUACCUUACAAGAGAAAAGGAAAGGAGAUGACCCUGUAAACUACCAACAUUGCAUUCAAGGAAGCUUAGUACUAUAUAAGCAGCCGAGAUAAGGCCACAUGUUGCCAUAAUGUGAACUGUAACAAACUUUAUACCACAUUCCAUAAGCUUGUGUGAGGGGAGAGGUGAAGGGGGUGAGGCCAGCAAGGCAUAUAACCAGUGCCCUGAGGUGUUUUCGAAGGAAGCAGCUAAAGGGCAAAAACAAAAUAAACAAAUAAGCCAACUAAGCAUUGCUCCUAUAAGAGAGUAGAAUGGCCAAAAGAGGUCAGUUUUGAAUGAAGAGGCUUUGUUCAAAUAAGCGAAUAUGUUUAUCCAUUGCUGAGGGGAGAAGCAGAGAAGAGUCAAGCUGUGAACUCUUUAUCUACACUUAACCUGGUAGCAGCGACGGGCCAAAUUUGUGGGUUUACCGUGUAGCAGCGAAGGGCCAAAUUUGUGCCAUGAUAUAAACCCCCCAAAAAUAGAUGAUACAUAAACUGAUCACAAACGCUUUGAUAUAUAUUAUGAAAUGGUUUGUGUGAGUGAUGAUUUUUUCUCAUUUUUCUCGCUUGGAGGGACCAUUAAGAAACAUGAUCCCUGCUGCUCCCGGGUUAAGGCAAUGAUGUUUUUCCGAGUGAUGUUAUGUGUAGAAUCACCAGUUGACAGAAGUAUCGGAGUUGGUUUACCAUGCACAAAAUUACCAUAUGGAAGACACGAGACUGAUUGUGUUAUGAUGGCAAAAUUUAAAAUCGUAUUUGGCUCGCAUAAAGAUAGUGUUUCGGCCGCCAAGAUAUUAUGUUAUGGAAGGUUGUUCUUGUGUGGCUCAUAAGGAUAUUUUCCCUUAAUUUAAUGAUAUGUAAUGAAAGUGUAUUUUAAUGUAUAGUGAAAUCUGGA